AUGGUUGGACUGCAACUGCAGCUGCAGCUGCAACUGCAAUUCUUUCUUCCAUUAAUAUUUCUAGUGGAAUGCAUCGCAAUUCCAAUUGCCGAUGCAUUUGUGACAUUACAACAUCAACAUGGAAAUAAAAAGAAUCGAAUAAGUCAUCAUCAGUCGCUGAGUUGGAAAAACAAGUGCUGGCGUCGCUCUUCACUUGUUCAAGAGUCUCAGUCGUCCACCUCAAUAUCAUCAUCAGCAUUAGCAUCAUCAGCAUCAGCAUCAGCAUCAUCUCCAAUAACCUCCAGCUUUGAACAAAUACUCUUUGAUCACUUGGGACGAAAUGAUACGACUACGACCAUUACAAUUGAAGGAUACGUCACAUCCAAACGAACUUUGGGAAAGCAACUUGUCUUUGUCGACUUUGAAAUUGCCAGCAACAGCAACAAUAACAACAAGAAUGAUCUCUGUCAAGCCAUGUUGCGACAAGAAUACUUUCACGACAACAACAACAACAACAACAACAACAACAACAACAACAACAACAACAACCAGGACAACAACCAGGACAAUAACAAUGACUACAAUCAAAAUUAUUAUGAAGGAUACAACCGUUGUUUGUUAAAGGGUUGUAAAUUACAAGUAACGGGAACCGCAUCACCGACGCGGAAUCCAGGAAAUGUUGUGUUAUUGAUACAAUCCUUUCGCCUCGUAAGUUUGCCACGACAACCACAACACAUUCAAAUCAUUCUUCAGCAAUGUCAAGAGGGAAAUUUACCACUACCAGAGGUGGCAAAUGCGUGUCAUAUGGAACCAAGUGAAUUGCAAACACAUCUCAACAGAAUAAUAGAACAAUCCUCUGGUGCAGCUGCAGCAGCAGCAGCAAAGACGAAGAAGGCGACGCUAAAGACUCUUGCCAAGCAAAUCUUUGCCAACUUGCCAAAGGAUCCCGAUUAUCCGCAAGCCGCGGAUCAAGUGACCAUGUCCAAAAGGGGAAAUAAAAACUAUGUCUUGCCACCAGUACCGACUGAAUGGGCAAACGUUCCGCCCAAGGUAUUGGCAAUAGACCAACAAGAGGUCCAAGAGCCAGGAUCCAUUGCCAACGCAUUGCAACUAUUUUUAGAGGAAACGAAGGAGCAGUCUACUAGUUCUACUACUUUUAUUUCCAUGGAAGGAUGGGUCCAAAAUCGACGACGUUACGAUGGAAAUAUUACCCAACUAGCCUUGGUGGACGAUUUGGGUAACACCACCGAUACAAACGAUAAUCAUCAUCGUCGGUUAUCCUGCUUGAUUCAUCCAAAACUACUACUUUUGGACGACGAGGGGACUGCCAAUCUCUAUCACAAUUUGCUGGCCGUUGGAGCCAAGGUGUGGGUGACCGGGCAAUUGGUGCGUACGAGUAGUGGUACAAGGUCAGAGGACGACGAACAACAAGAACAGCAAGAAAAAGAAGGCAAGCAACCACCUCCAGGACCACCCGCCUUGUUGUGGGUCCAAGAGGUGCAUUUGAUGCAGUCGUCUGCGCGGCCCGCCACGAUUCGACAUUUGCUCGAUCUAAUGGCGAACGAUGAGGGUAACAAACUAUUGGAUUUGGAAGAAGCGGCCAAUGCCUUGGGGAUUACCUACCAAGAAGCCUUGGAGGUGCAACAAAAUUCCGAUCCUACGGAACGUCAAUGGAAGGCAAAUCAGUUGGCGGUUCAACUACAACAGCAGCAGCAGCAGCAGCAGCAGCAGCAGCAAAACAACAAACGACAAGUGGUGGUCAAUCCAAAAUUAUUGGAAACUUUGGAAAAGUAUAGGCACUUGCUGGAAACCAAUCCGGCCACCAUGAUUGAUAUUGUUAAAGAACAGCAGCAGCAGCAGCAACAGAUACCAUUUGAGGGAGUACAGGAACCUGCAAUCAACGAGAAAAUAGGCAACAAAAGUAGACCCAAAAACAACAACAACAACAACAACUACAACAAGGUCAUUCCAAUGAGUAUGCCGGGAAGUCGAUGGCUGUCCAAGAAGAAACCACAAUUGGAAUGGAUGGGCCAACGAAUUCAAGACGUCCUCCAAUCGCAUCCAGACUUUGGUGCGAGACCAUUGCAAAUUUUGGACAUUGGUGGUGGAAAGGGAGCCUUGGCUCAUUAUUUGGGAAAUACGAUUCAAAAUGUGCAAAUUCAUGUGGUGGACAUUGCGGCAGGAGCCGUCAAGAAUGGAGCCAAAAAGGCUCAGCGUCUUGACACUCCGGUGGAAUUUCAAUUGGCCGAUGCGAGUGCCUCAUUGUUGGAAGACGUGGAGGCCGAUGUGGUGGUGGCCUUGCAUGCUUGUGGGCACUUGUCCGAUGUAGCCCUGUCGCAUGCCAUUCAUAAAGAUGCCGGCUUUGUCAUUGUGCCGUGCUGCUUCAAUUCGAAUCCUUAUUUGACCAUACCAGGAAAGGGGUCGGUUUCACAGUGGUUGGGACUUCCUGAUGAGGACUGGGCAGCUUUGAAAUUACUGGCAGAAGUACAGGGUGAUAUCACUUUGGCCAGCGAAGCCAUUGAAGUUAUUUGCGCCAUUCGGGCAGAUUCGACGAGAACGAAACUGAAGCAAGCCAAUCCAAAGAAAACGACAAGGUCUGUUGAUAUCUACAAGUUUCCAAUCGAAUAUUCGACGAGGAAUACAGUUUUGGUGGGGACUUGUGGGUAG